UUUUUAUUUAUUUUCGUUGUCUCUCUCUCAGUCAGAUCUAGCGUAGCAUCAAAACCCCUUAAAUCAAAUCAAAAAUUCAAUUCAAUCUCGUCAAGUUUCCCCCUAAGAAUUUUCUCCUCAUUUUUUUUGCCAAAUUCCGAAUUCUAGGUGGAGCGGAAAGAGGGAAAUUGAGAUUUUGGCGCGUAAAUCUCGAUGCCGAUGUGGAGCUCGGUGGCGAAUUUGAAGGAAAGUCUGAGUAAAAUCGCACUGGAUGUCCAUGACGACGACGAUGAAGAGCUAUCACUGUACACUUCUCCGCCGCGCGAUCAAUCCGACAACGCCAGUUCAGGUUCGGAGCCGAGAGUUUCUCGCAAUUCCAGUGCACCGACGCAUUCGCCAAUCGUCAAUGGAUUUGAUUCCCCUUCUAAUCACGAGAUUGAGCUGUACAAAACAAAAAUUAAGAAGCUUCAGGAAUCUGAGUCAGAAAUAAAGGCUCUCUCAGUUAAUUAUGCGGCUUUACUGAAGGAAAAAGAGGAUCAGAUUUUGAGAUUGACUGAAGAAAAUGGCUCACUGAAACAGAAUCUUCUUAGCACAAAUGCUGCUCAUGGUGCACCUAAAACUGUUCUGAAGGGUAAUGGUGAUAUGUCCCCUAAUCGGUAUAGUAAAGCUGCAACAAAAUACCGUGGUGCUGGAAGCACAUUGCCUAAUGGUAUUGUGACAAAGCAUGAUGGGUUAAGCAAUGGGACAACUUCAACCAAUUCAAGGGAACUCGAUGCAAUGGAAGACAAAAUUAGAUCCUUCACAGUGAUGCAAUCAACUCAUGAAUCUCAAAUGAAACAAAUGAUGGUGGAACUUGAUAAAGAACGUGGCAAGCUGGCAAGUAUCCAGCUGAGUUUACAAGAGGAGCAGAAGUUGAAUGGAUCAUUUCAACAGGAGUUGAGCUCGCUAAAAGAUGAGAAACAUAAAAUGUUGAAAGAGAUAAACAGAACACAGGAUGAGUUAAGUCAGAAGAUGUCAGAGAUAGGAAGGUUGCAAAUGGAGUUACAGAGAGGAGAUCGAAGAGAACCAGACAACAACGUGGAGAAAUUGAAAAAAAUAAUUGCUUCUUUGGAGAGAGAGAACAUAAAUAUUAAGAAAGAAAAAGAAGAAUUUGAGGCUGCGUUAAAUGCAACUCGUUCUUCUCCAGUUCGCGACGACAAACCUGAUGGCCUGCAUCUUUCAAGUAAACAUUCAAGUAGUAUGAAUGAGGGACUGCUGGAGAAGGAGGAAAUGCAGAAGUCUAUGCUUAAACUAGAGAAUGACCUUAAGGAAGCACGUCUGCAAAAGGACAAAGCCUUGCAAGAAUUGAAUCGUCUCAAACAACAUUUAUUGGAAAAGGAAUCCGAAGAAUCAGAGAAAAUGGACGAGGACAGUAAGAUCAUUGAGGAACUGCGAGGAAUUAAUGAACAACAAAAGGUUCAAAUCUCACAUUUGGAAAAGGCUCUCAAGCAGGCAAUCUCCAGACAUGAAGAAGUAAAAAUGUCUAACAACAGUGAACUUGUGAAGGCCAAAGAAACUAUAGACGAGCUUAAUAGAAAAUUGACUAGCUGUUUUAGCACAAUAGAUGCCAAGAAUAUGGAAGUUCUUAAUCUGCAAACUGCUCUUGGCCAGUAUUAUGCUGAAAUUGAGGCUAAGGAACGUCUUGCCGAAGAGUUGUCAGUCACAAAAGAGGAAUCAGCUAGACUUAUCAAGCAGUUAAAGGAAGCACACCAACUAGCAGAAGCAUCAAAGAGGGAGAAGGAGGAGCUUUUAGGAAAGCUUUCACAUGCUGAUAGUGUGUUUGCUGAAGGAAAGAACAGAGUUAAGAAACUCGAGGAAGAUAAUGAAAAACUCCGUCGAGCUCUCGAGCAAAGCAUGACAAGAUUAAACAGGAUGUCUGUGGACUCCGAUUUUCUUGUUGACAGGCGGAUUGUUAUCAAAUUACUGGUGACAUACUUCCAGCGAAACCACAGUAAAGAGGUUCUCGAUCUAAUGUGUCGCAUGCUGGGAUUUUCUGAUGAAGAAAAGCAAAGAAUUGGUGUUGCUCAGCAAGGGCCUGGCAAAGGUGUAGUUCGGGGUGUAUUAGGCCUUCCAGGUCGACUUGUUGGGGGCAUCCUGGGCGGCGGCAGCGCCUCUGAAGCUCAUUCAGCUAUGGCAUCCGAUGACCAGUCGUUCGCGGAUUUGUGGGUGGACUUUCUUCUCACUGAGACGGAAAGGGAAAAGAGGGAGUCUGCCAAUAAUUCAAAUCCAGAUCAAAAGUCAACAGGAAACACACUUCCUUUGCCAGAUUAUGGAAGGACUACGCCUCCUUACCUCAACCAAAACCAAAGCCUAAAUCAAAUUCCCUCUUUAUCUCACGGCAACUUCUUGCGACGCGAACCUUCAGAUUCAGAGUUUUCGACGGUUCCCCUCACCUCAUCAGAGAGUAGUUUGCAAGGCUCGAGACUACCACCGAGAUACUGAUUAUUUAUGUAAGUUCCGACUGUAAAUACACAAUUUUUCCACCUGUGAUGCCUAAAAGUUCUUUCGAUUCUUUGUCUAAUUUGUUGAAAAAAAAAAAACGAAGAGAAGCAGCAGCAGCGGCCCAUGGGAGAGUGUAUGUACGGGCAUUGUAAACCCUGUAUGAAGGAGCCACUCACUUGAAACUUUUGGUAGACCAAAGAUGAACAGAUAUAGAUAGAUUUGCUAAAGAAUGUGUGAAUUGUAUAUAGAAACACCAUAUCGAAACCGUAAACACAGAAUUGUCCAAACUCGACAUGAUUUCUUUUGUUAUUUGUACAAGUUCAUUUGUAGCAGUAAUUUUUUU